AUGGCUACAGGCGUGUCUCAGGCAGAGAAGAAUCUAGAAGGGCUCAUUGCAGAGGACGAUGAUUCCAUGCCCGAUGUUGAUUAUUUUAUGCAAGACCAGAAGGCGGUCAGAGCAGGAGAGCUUUGGGUUCACGACACGGGUGAUUGUCAGUGGCCAGUCAUUAUAUGCGACGAAUCAGUUGUGUUUCAGAACUACAAGCAUUGGCAUCUGCAGACAUCUAAACCAAUAGAGAGUACCUGGAAAGCACCUUCCUUACUAGGCGAGGCGUAUGUCAGCAAGGGAAAAUACGCGUGCCUACAGAUCGCGAGUCUCAAAGGAGUAUGGGUUGCUAGGCGUCACUUAGAUGUAUUUUCGACACGGGUGGUACGUGAUAUGCAAAAGAAAUCAAUCAAUAAGCUACAGGCCAGAGCCUGGAAGGAGGCCCUGGAGUGUUUCGAAGGCAAUGGAGGGCUCCCUGGCAUGCUUCACUGGAAGGAAAAGCUUGCCAAGCAUAUGUCAAGUAAGAUUUCCGUGAAGCGAUCAUUGACGAAAAACAUCGAAUCUAGCGAACCUAGAAGGGCUGGAGUGGACGACGAAGAGGACAAUGUUUUCCUCACACGUAACGAAGGGCCUAGAGUGAAACGAGAGCUUGACGCUGACUGCAAGUUGACAGAGAAAGACGCUUCACUGGGCAGCAGAUACUCAUGCAAAAAGCUUAAGACAUUGUUUGAUAAGGGGACAUCAAUUUUGAGUGAAGCGUCGUGUGAGCGAGAGCGAAGCAAUUUUGCCUCACUCGAUAUGUCGGAUAAGGAUGGGAAACGACUGAUGAACAGCAGGGAAGAUAAAGUUUCAAUCUAUGUAGGAGAGGAUCGCACCAAGAUCCAGAUCACACGCUCGAACCUUGAAUGCAGUCCAUUCCUGCAUCGACUGAUGCUCAGAGAUCCCGAAGAGGGCUGGUAUGUUAUGUCACCCUUUUUAUCAAAACUGGAGCCCGAAGAAUUCCUUCCUGUUGCGGCCUACCUUGAGACCCAUGAGUACCAUCCGAAACUUCUCGGAUACCUUACCGACUACGCUCGCUUGGAGCUUGAAUUCACUUCUGAGGAGCGUGGCGAUGAGAUACUUCGAUGCGGUAAAAUAUACAGCAUAGCCAGGAUGAUGGAAAUGGAAGGGCUCCAAAGCUUGACGUAUGGCAAGAUAAAGGCGCUGACGAUGUCUGGAGAUCCAUUCCCUCCUGUUGCAGUCCUCCGCUUGGCUCAGAAAACAUUUCAGUCAGCGACACCGGAUCUGAGGCAAUACCUCAUCGACUUUUUUGCAAGCCACUACUGGGAUUUGGUUCGUCACCAUACAGAAGAAAUGGUGCAGGUCAUGCAAAACAGCGAUCUGGCCAACCCUGUUUUCGGACUUUUGGCAGGGGUUCGUACGGACGAGGGAAGUCAAGAACACAUCAUGACAAGAGUCUCAAGUCAGCAGGAGCAGCGACACUCGAUCAAGGAAGAGGAAGAGGUCGGUGGUGUCCACGAUGAGAAGGCUAAUGGAACGAGAAUGUGUAGCAGGGAGGGACAGGCGACCGUUGAGGAUGAGAUAAUGAAGAAAGCGCUUGAGGAAUCCAGGAAGGAAGAGUACCAAGGCGAGGUGGACGAAGAACUACAAGCCGCAUUGGAGUUGUCUAGAGAAGACCGCUAG